AUGCGCUACGUAACAAUUGCCAGCUUGCUGCUUGGCGUUCCUACACCCAUGGCUGUUGAGAAUCGCCCUCAUCACCACAGCAAUGACUACAGACAUCUCAUCCGAGGUCACAGCCUGAGGGGGGAAGAAUGCGUGUACCCCUUGCAUUUCUAUGUACUGGGCUUUCAGAGGAACAGCACUACUACAGUGGCUCCUCGUGCCGACAACCGCGACGAUGAGUUGGUUAGGGAGCGGGUAGACGAGAAAGAAGUAUCUGUUUCUUUCCGCUUGGUUGACCUCGACACGGGCAUCGACACCAUGUGCGUUGGGAAAGAGACGACCUCGUCCAGCACGACGGCAACAACAUCCACAGCGAUGACAGCGAUGACGAUGGCAAAUAUGAAGACCACCACCACCACCACGAGUGAGGACGGAGAUUUAGACCCAGACUACGACGAUGAAAUCAUGCGCAUGUACGACCUCGCGCAUCGUCGUCCCGGAUACCAGGCUGCCGAGGAGGACAGAUAUCAACAAAGCAAGGCUCUUCUGCUGAUGGCGCUCGAGACUGCGGAGCAGCAGCGCUGUGACAACGACAAGGUGGGGUUUUACCUUGACGAUCGGACUGGGCUGACUGUUGUUGAGAAGGCUUGUCUUGGGAAGAGUAGUGCGCCGGUCGAAGCAGCAGGCUCUGUCCCGCUCGAUGCGCUGAAGCUCCAAUGCGCCACAACAGAGGACACAACGACCAGAGGAGACGCCGCUGUGGUUUGCAAGAGCGGCGAGCAGGUCGUUGCUGGGGACUUUGUGAGCUUGGGGCCUCCGCCUGUGCCUGUGCCUGUGGCUGCUUCUGUCAAUCUUUGA